UCAGGUAUUGUUGUAACCUUGCAGACCAGCUGGUCUACUCGGGUGAAGGUUCGUUGAUAGUUUUAUCAUUUUUUUUUCUUUCUUCGAAUAUUUAUGGGCUAUGUUAUUAUUUGGAAUUAAGUGCUAUCAAUUCCUAGGCGCGGAUAAAAUACUGACCCUGGGUCGAAGUAUAAGCAGGGCGAGUCCCCUGAGACACGGCGAGUACGAGUGGGAAGAUCCUAAGUCCGAGAGCGAAGUUGUCAACAUAGUUUACAUAGAUAAAGACGGAAAAAAGCGCCCAGUCAGAGGGAAAAUAGGCGACAAUGUGCUUUUUCUCGCCCGCAGGCAUGGCAUAGAAAUGGAAGGCGCCUGUGAGGCGUCCCUUGCCUGCACGACCUGUCACGUCUAUGUCGAUCGGGCUUAUUGCGACAAGCUGCCUUGUGCCGAAGAGAAGGAGGAAGAUCUUCUGGACUUAGCGCCAUUUCUCAAAGAGAACUCGAGGCUCGGAUGUCAGAUUAUCUUGAAAAAAGAACUCGAAGGCAUGGAACUCACCCUUCCCAAGGCAACUAGGAACUUUUAUGUCGACGGCCACAAACCGAAACCUCAUUGAACAUUGAAACAAUUUAGUGUAGUGCCCCAAGAAUUGCGUGUUAAAGGUCAGUAACAGCCAAAUUGUAAAAAAUGUCACCUAAAUUUCCUGCCUAAAAAAGUUUUAAGGUUUUUUUUGUUGUAAUUUUGUUACUUUAAUGCGCUUUAUAUGUAACUUUUGUCUGUUUCAAUAUGUCGCACAAUUUUUACCAUUUUUUGCAAUGUUUUAUUUUACCUUUACCACUAACUAUUUAAAGCUGUAUGAUUCUUAAUAACAGGAAUGACUACUCAGCAUUUUAAAUGCUUAUAAGCUUCUUUGUAACCGAACUGUCGCAUUGAACAAAAAAUGUAUUUAUUAGAUUGAA